UUGAAUCGUUUAAAGAAAGGUUUCGUUAUGUUGAUUAGAACACAUAAUUUAAAGAAAUUUCAUAUGAAAAUGCAUAUACAGGUUGAGGAUUAUUAUCUAUAUUCAAAAAGACGUUUUUAUAACAAUUUUAACUUAAUAAGAGGUUACUAUGAAUUUAAAAUUAAUCCUUUCUUCAAUUUUAGUUGCAGGCAUUAUAUAUAGUCAUUCUGUAGCAGUAGAACAAAUAACUUCUGAUGGUCAAUUUUCAGAAAUAGUAGGACGGGGUAUAUCAAUUAUUGCUGUUGGGACAGAGGCGGAUCAAGUGCCAUUAGCAGCGUUAGCUGGUGAGCUAUCUCAGAUACAAAAUAAUCAUU